AUGGCACCUUCAUUCGCCCCUGAAGCCGCCGCCUCACUGCGAACCUACAUUGACAGCAAGACCUCUGGCGACAAGCAAUCCUUCCCAGGAGCCAUUAUUCAUAUCGUUGAUAGUAAAAACAAUACUGUCUUCUCGCACGCCUCAGGCGGGUCGAUUCCGCUCUCCCCCCAAACGCUCUUCACAACGCACUCGCUCACCAAAAUCAUCGGCGCAGUCAUCUUCCUCCAGCUCGUAGAAAAGAACCUCGUGUCCCUAGAUGAUGCCACUGUCAUCGAGAAACUGCUCCCCGAACUAGCGGCCAAGAAAAUCCUCACUGGAUAUAAAGAGGGCGCCAAUAGCGAGAAAGAGUGGAUCUUCGAAGACAGGACAGGAGACAUCACACCUCGCAUGCUGAUGAGCCACACGUACGGCGGCGGCCACAGUUACUUCAACCCCCUGCUACACGAGUAUCUCAAAGACGGCUGGGAGACCCGCAACGAAGCAAACGACAAGUGGAAAACGCUCCUCGACUCGCCCCUCCUCUGGCAGCCCGGCACGCACACAAACUACGGCCAGGGCUUCGACUGGCUCGCCGUGCUCAUCGAGCGCCUCACGAAGCGCGCUCUCCCCGACGUCCUGCAAGAAAAUCUCUUCGCCCCGCUGGGCCUGACAAGCACCGGCUUCGAAGACCAGUACGGCGUCGCCAUGAUCAGCAAGCCCGAACACAAGGGCCGCUUCUGGCCACGCAGUAUGAAGACGGAAGAAGGGGGCUUCGUGCCCAUCGAUCCAGAGGUGCUGCAGCAGAAGGAAUGGCCCACGCGGUACCCCAACGGCGAGUACCACGUCUUCCCCCUCGGCACAGGCCUCGUGUCCACCGCCGAAGACCUCGUCCGCAUCUUCAGCAUCCUGCUCCCGCAAAAUGCAGGCGUAGAUCCCGUCUCCGGCACACGCAUCCUCGCCCCCUCCUCCGUCCGCGAAAUCACGUCCCCCCAGCUGCCUGGCCCCCUGCGCAACGCCUGCCGCAACGUCCCCAGCGCCGUGCCCUCAGCAUUCUAUCCCGCGGACCUGGAGGCCGCGCACGUGGACCCCGAGGGGAGUUUUGGUCUGGGCUGCGGUGUGCAGGGCGCCGAGCGUGUGCUGAAGUCAGGCAAGAAGGGCAGGAGCAAGGGCAGCUUUUACUGGUAUGGGGCUGCGAAUACGGAGUUUUGGGUGGAUGGCGAGAGGGGGCUGGUGGUGUUGUGCGAGGGGAAUUAUUUUCCGUGGAAUGAGGGCGAGUGGGUGGAUUUUGUGGCGGGCGUGGAGGGAAGGGUUUAUGAGGGGUUGGGGGCGUAG